AUGAGUGACAUCUCUGUGGACCACAAGACUCUUUGCCUUUUUGAUGUAGACGGCACCUUGACAGCUGCGAGACAGCCUAUAACCGCAGAAAUGGCCAUGUUUAUUGACAAGUUGAAGACCAGGGUUCGUGUUGGCGUGGUUGGGGGGUCGGACCUCUGUAAAAUCAAAGAGCAACUGGGAAAUGAUGUGAUCCAGAGAGUGGACUAUGUAUUUGCAGAGAAUGGUCUUGUGGCCUAUAAGGAGGGACAGUUACUAUCUAUUCAGUCCAUUCAGGCCCACAUGGGAGAAGAGCUACUACAAGAGUUUAUCAAUUUCUGUCUCGGCUACUUGUCCUUGAUCAAACUUCCCAAGAAGAGGGGUACAUUUAUUGAAUUUCGUAACGGCAUGUUGAACAUUUCACCGAUUGGACGCAGCUGUACUGUGGAAGAACGGAAAGAGUUCUAUGAACUGGAUCAGAGAGAAAAAAUUCGGGAGAAGUUUGUAUCCGUUUUAAAGGAGCAGUUUAAAGGAAAAGGCCUGUCGUUUUCAAUCGGAGGGCAGAUCAGUUUCGAUGUGUUCCCUGAUGGCUGGGAUAAAAGAUACUGCCUUGGGAUCGUAAAGAAGGACAACUACUCAACCAUCCAUUUUUUUGGCGACAAGACAAAACCUGGAGGAAAUGACUACGAGAUUUACUGUGACCCUCGCACCAUUGGUCAUGAAGUGACCUGUCCGGAAGAAACGCAAAAACUUUGCCAGCAGCUUUUCUUCUCAUGA